ACAACAGACCUCUCUCUCUGUCUUCUUCUUCUUCUUCUUCACUCCCUUCAUCUGUUUUCCCAAUCUCUUUCUCUCUCUAUCUCUCUGCCAUGAAAAUUGACGAUUAGGGUUUGAUCGAAGCUCGCGGAACCUUGAUUGCAAUGGCGUCGUGCUCACUACCGUUACUGGAGCUCACCUUCCUCUCGCCGCAGACGACUCGGAGACGGCGGCUUUCUCUCUCUAGAUAUUCGAUUUCGAGAUACCAGAGGUUUGGCCUCCGAUCGCGAAUCAGAGCGGCGAUAGAGGACGGAGUUGUGGUGGAGGAGAGGGAGGCGGAGCUGAUCAAGAAAGUGAACGGAGUUAAUGGAGCGGCGAGGAAGUAUACUAAUGGAAGUGUGAGGGUGGUGGAGAGUGAGAAUGGGAGCUUGGUGAAGUAUGUGAACGGGAAUGGGGCGGCGGCGGUUGUGGAGGAGGUGGAGGUUUUGAAGUCGGAGGAGGAAGGGAGGCAGAGGAAGAUUGAGGAGAUUGGGAAGGAGGAUGCGUGGUUUAAGAAAAGCGAGCUGCCUAAAGUCGAGGUUUCUGUUGCACCUGGUGGCCGUUGGAGUAGGUUCAAAACUUACUCAACCAUCCAGAGGACCUUGGAAAUAUGGGGAUUUGUUCUAUCUUUCCUUGUCAAGGCUUGGUGGAAUACUAAAAAAAUUGCUUAUCGAGGGGGAAUGACAGAGGAAAAGAAAACCUUAAGGCGUAAGGCCCUUGCCAAGUGGCUUAAGGAGAAUAUUCUGAGAUUGGGUCCAACAUUCAUCAAAAUUGGCCAGCAGUUCUCCACAAGGGUUGACAUCCUUGCUCAAGAAUAUGUUGAUCAGUUAUCUGAACUUCAGGACCAAGUUCCUCCUUUUCCAUCAGAAACAGCUGUAUCAAUCAUCAAAGAAGAGCUUGGAGCUCCUGUGAAUGAUAUCUUUGAUCGAUUUGACUUUGAACCAAUAGCUGCUGCUAGUCUUGGUCAGGUUCACCGUGCAAGGUUGAAAGGGAAAGAAGUUGUUAUUAAAGUACAGAGGCCUGGACUCAAGGAUCUUUUCAAUAUUGAUCUUAAGAAUCUGAGGGUAAUUGCAGAAUAUCUACAGAAAAUUGACCCCAAGUCAGAUGGUGCCAAGAGGGAUUGGGUUGCUAUCUAUGAUGAGUGUGCUAAUGUCUUAUAUGAGGAGAUCGAUUACACAAAGGAAGCUGAUAAUGCUGAACUAUUUGCAAGUAACUUCAAGGAAAUGGACUAUGUGAAAGUGCCAACGAUAAUACGGGAAUACACCACACCACAGGUUCUGACUAUGGAAUAUGUCCCUGGGAUCAAAAUAAACAAGAUACAAGCUUUGGAUCAAUUGGGAGUUGAUCGGCAGAGGCUGGGACGGUACGCUGUUGAAUCAUACUUGGAACAAAUUCUGUCUCAUGGGUUUUUCCAUGCUGAUCCUCAUCCUGGAAAUAUUGCUGUUGAUGAUGUCAAUGGUGGUCGAUUGAUCUUUUAUGAUUUUGGAAUGAUGGGAAGUAUCAGUCCAAACAUAAGAGAAGGUUUGCUGGAAACAUUCUAUGGAGUGUAUGAGAAGGAUCCAGAUAAGGUCCUUCAGGCAAUGAUUCAAAUGGGUGUUCUUGUGCCUACUGGAGAUAUGACAGCUGUCAGACGAACAGCACAGUUCUUCCUUAGGAGUUUCGAAGAGCGUCUUGCUGCACAGAGAAAAGAGAGAGAAAUGGCAACAAAAGAACUUGGAUUCAAAAAGCCACUGAGCAAGGAGGAAAAGAUAAUGAAAAAGAAGGAAAGGCUGGCUGCAAUUGGGGAGGAUUUAUUAGCCAUAGCAGCAGACCAACCCUUCAGAUUUCCUGCGACAUUCACGUUUGUUGUAAGAGCAUUUUCAGUGCUGGAUGGAAUUGGGAAGGGUCUCGAUCCUCGAUUUGAUAUCACUGAGAUUGCCAAACCGUAUGCACUGGAAUUACUAAAAUUUCGUGAAGCUGGAGUUGAAGUUGUUUGGAAGGAUAUCAAAAAGCGAUGGGACAGGCAAACACAGGCAUUUUAUAACUUAUUUAGACAAGCAGACAGAGUCGAAAAGCUUGCUGAAAUUAUCCAAAGAUUGGAGCAAGGUGAUCUGAAGCUUAGGGUUCGGACUUUGGAAUCUGAGAGGGCAUUCCAGCGAGUUGCUACUGUCCAGAAGACUGUUGGAAAUGCUGUUGCUGCUGGAAGCCUGAUCAACCUUGCAACAAUCUUGUAUAUCAAUUCCAUUCGAGUGCCUGCUGUUGCAGCAUAUAUCUCUUGUGCAUUUUUUGGCGUUCAAGUUCUUAUAGGCAUCAUAAAGGUCAAAAAGUUUGAUGAACGGGAGCGGUUGAUAACAGGGACUGCAUGAUCAAUUGGGAGAUCCAGCUCACAUAUCAACCUUCCAAUCCUUGAAGAAAAUUUGGAUAUCGAAAUCACAGAAUGUUGUUGUUUUAUCAACAAUACGAUCCAGCACCUCUAACUUACAGGCUUGUGAUGAAUCUUGAGAAGACGAACUCUUUUGGGCCAAAUAUUUUUGCGUCUGAACACAGGAAUUAGAGUCUGAACCUCAAUUAGGUCAGGUGUACUAUUUUCAUUUUGUUGCAGUAGUCCCCAUAUGUAGGUUAUUGAAGAUGUGUCGUCAGUUUUCCGGUUGAAGACUCUGUAAGGUUUCGUAUUAGCUCGUGUAGAGAUUCUUGUAACAGUAGCUGAGACUGCCACUGUCUGGUCCCCAUCAAAAUUUGGCCUGGUGGGAUGUGCAUAAUUGUUGUAUAAUCCUGUAUCAUUUAGAUCUCUUCUUCACUUAUGUAAUGUCAAGCUCAUAUGUAAUUAACUGUAUAAUGAAAAGCAAUAAGAUUCUCUCACCGUAUAUAUGUCCAUAUAUGUCCUGUACUUCAGUAUCAGUUGGUG